AUGUCUGGCCGUGGUAAGGGAGGAAAAGGACUCGGUAAAGGUGGCGCAAAGCGUCACCGGAAGGUUCUCCGUGAUAACAUCCAGGGGAUCACCAAGCCCGCUAUCCGCCGUCUGGCUCGCCGUGGUGGAGUGAAGCGGAUCUCCGGCCUGAUCUACGAGGAGACCCGUGGUGUGUUGAAGGUCUUCCUGGAGAACGUGAUCCGUGAUGCCGUCACCUACACCGAGCACGCCAAGAGAAAGACGGUGACCGCCAUGGAUGUGGUUUAUGCUCUGAAGAGGCAGGGACGCACUCUGUACGGCUUCGGAGGUUAAACAACACACUGCUGCUACAAACACAAAGGCUCUUUUAAGA